AUGCUCGCCUCGUCGCUGGGGGACGCCCAUCACCAAGCGGCAGCGACCGACGAGGACGUGGAAGCCGCGGCGGAGCAGGCGCGCACGCAGAUCGACGUCGAGUCAUGGGACGGCGAGGACAGCUCGCGGUUCGGCGACGGGCACUCGGAGGCAGAGUCGGGGUACUCGUCGGACGACGGCGGGUCGGCGGCGACGUCGGUGUCGUCGUCGGUGCGCGACUACGUGUUCGAGAACGGGCGGCGCUACCACAAGUACUGCGAGGGCCGGUACAGCCUGCCCAACGACGAGCAGGAGCAGGACCGCGAGGACAUGAAGCACGCCAUGACGGUGGCCGUGUGCGGCGACAAGCUGCACUUUGCGCCCAUCGGCGACGCGCCCGGCCGCAUCCUGGAUCUCGGCACGGGCACGGGCAUCUGGUGCGUCGACAUGGGCGACACGUAUCCGAGCGCGGAGGUCAUCGGCGUGGACCUCAGCCCCAUCCAGCCGACCUUCGUGCCGCCGAAUGUGCGGUUCCUGAUCGACGACAUUGAGAGCGACUGGAUCUACGGCGCACCCUUCGACCUCAUACACCUCCGCGCAAUGGCGCCCGCGAUCCGGAACUGGGAAAAGUUGCUGGCCCACUCGUAUGAGUGGCUCAAGCCUGGCGCGUAUAUCGAGCUGCAGGAGCUCGACUUUUUCCCGAAGAGCGACGACGGCUCCAUGCCGGACGAUUGGGGAUACAUGCAGUACACAUGCGCCUGCCGCGAGGGUUUUGCGAGAUUCGGCAACGACUUCCAUGUCGCGCAGAAGAUCGCCGGCAAGCUCCGCGAUGCUGGCUUCGUCAACGUCGUCGAGCAGAAGAUCAAGGUGCCGUUAGGCGCGUGGGCCAAGAACAGGUUGCUCAGGACAGCGGGCCUGUACAUGCAGGCAGCAGUCAUCGACGCGUUCAGCAUUGCGUGUGCCGGCCCUUUGCAAAGAGGGCUGGGCUGGGGCAGGGAAGAAGCGGAGGUGUUCAUCGCCGGCGCGCGGAAGGCGGUCAGAGACCCGAAGGUGCAUGCGUACUACACGCUGCAUAUGGUGUACGGUCAGAAGCCGACCAGUUGA